AUGUGGCUUUGUGUCUAAAUCCCGUCUUUCCUAUUCUCCUGACAGAUGUAAGGAAUCAGUAUGCCUGAAAAUGAGUUCAAAAUCAUUGUGGGGGAACUGCUCAAUUCCCCCACUACAACAUACGAGGCACAGAAAUUCCUGGGCUGUGGCACCAACGGACUGGUCAUCCAAUGCAGGGAUGUGAAAACCAAUGACACGGUGGCCAUAAAAAUGUUCAAAAGGAAGACAGACAUUGAGUUUGCGAAGGAAGAGGAGGAAAUCUUAAGAGCCUUGGAGGACCUCCACUCAGAAUGGUUCAACGUCGUCCGAUUGAACUGCUCAUUCACCUACAAGAGCCAUUAUUGUCUUGUGUUCGAGCUCCUGGACAUGGAUCUGCUGAAAUUCAUGAAGAUCCAUCCGGGUAAACGCCUUCAGCUGAAGCAGAUCCGCCCCAUUCUGCAGCAGCUGGCUACAUCCUUGGACUUUCUGAAAAGUGCAGGGAUCGUCCAUUCAGAUUUGAAGCCUGAAAACAUUAUGAUGGUGGAUCAUGUCAGGCAGCCACUGAAGGUCCAAGUCAUUGACUUUGGCUUAGCCUGCAACAAUCCUGAGGAAAAGAUAGGACAGACACUCCAGACCUUGUGGUACAGAUCUCCUGAGAUUCUGCAAUGUGAACCUUUCAACGAGGCCAUCGAUGUAUGGUCUCUAGGCUGCAUUGCUGCCGAAUUGCUUAUGGGCAUACCACUGUUCCCUGCCCAGGAUGAGGACAGCUUGAUGAGGCUAAUCAGGUUAAGAAAGGAUCUGCAUGAGAGAUACCUCACUCCAUACUGGUUCUGGCCAAUACACUUGAUGGAAAGCAGAUAUAUGCAGAUUAAUCAGUCCUCGGGAGAAGAAGCCAAAGCUGAACACUGUGACCUGGAGAGCUUUAACGAUCUAUUGGCACAGAUGCUGAUGACGAAUCGGUUUGAAAGAAUUGACCCCAGACUAAUUCUCCAGCAUCCGUUCAUGUCGAUGAGCCACCUGAAGGGACGGUACAAAAACAGCCUCUACACGAAAUCGUCCGAGGGUCUGAUGGACAUUUGCCAGGAACAGAGCUAUGGCGAUGGAGCACAUGUAGACCACACUGUCCUGCAAAUGUCCCCGAACGAGGACUCCUCAAGAAGCACUGCCGGCCCAGCCAUGGAGGGCAGCCCUGCUGGGAUGAUAGGGGAGAAGCAUUCCUAUUCUUUCUUGCAGAACUUCAUCAGCAUUUUGAAAAAAAAAGAAAUGAACGCAAAACUUAUAGCCCGGCAAAAGGAUCAGAGCUAUGGCUAUGGAGAACAUGUAGACCACACAGUCCUGCAAAAUUCCAUGAAUGAGGACUCCUCCAGCAGCACUGCCGGCCCAGCAAUGGAGGGCAGCCCUGCUGGGAUGAGAAGGGAGAAGCAUUCCUAUUCCUUCUUGAAGAACUUCAUCAGCAGUCGUAAAAAAGAAGAAAUUAACGCAAAACUGAAAGCCCGGCAAAAGGUUCAGAGGUAUGGCUAUGGAGAACAUGUAGACCACACAGUCCUGCAAAAGUCCAUGAACAAGGACUCCUCCAGCAGCACUGCCGGCCCAGCCAUGGAGGGCAGCCCUGCUGGGAUGAGAGGGGAGAAGCGUUCCUAUUCCUUCUUGCAGAACUUUAUCAUCAGUCCGAAAAAAGGAACAAUUAAUGCAAAACUGAAAGCUAGGCAAAAGACCAGUCAACUCCAAACCCAGAUAAAAGGGCCCAAGUGGGAAAACGGGUCCACCACAUGCACCAAGAAGAAGAAGUGGGACGAUCCGACAUCCUAUUGCUACCCCACAAAAAAGAGAAACAGGACCUUCAAAAAGAGCUGACGGACUGUCAGAGACAGAACCAUUUAGAAGCUGCCACCUCCAAAUCAACCCAGGUGCAUUCCCUUAAGAGCAUGAAGAGGGACGAAGUAGAGCUGCCAGUGUUGGACAAAACCUCCCCAGAGAAGACAAAGAAAUAGGUUGAAACGCGGUUAAAGCAAGUCAUCUGACAAACUAAACGCCAAAGCAUUUCCAGAUAAGUUAGCCCUUUCUGGUUGGAGGACAACUGUUCUAUUGUCAUAUAUUGUAAAAAUGUGGGGGUUUUGUUUGG